ACCGGGCGAUGGUAGCCUCUAUAGCGUCUGCGGCCCAGGACACGGACGCUUUGACCCACAACCCGAAACGCGAGUCUGCUGGAAGUGCUGUGGAGGUCGGACUGAUAUCUAGCGGGGCGAAUACCGUCGCAUCCCUAUCCGUUUCCUCCUCCUCACGCUGACGUCCAUCCGCUGCACACACACACACACACAAAAAAGCCAAACAACUUUUUUCUUUUCUUUUCUUUUUUUUUUUUGAUUACACACUUUUCCUGCACGGGGAAGCGUUUGCCUCGGGCUUUACCGGUCAGCGUUGGAUCCGUCAACUUACUGCGACUCCCCGGUGUACGGCCCGGACCUCUGCCCAAACAUGAUCGCGACGCAGGCGAAGCUGGUCUACCAGCUCAACAAAUACCACAACGAGAGGUGCCAAGCUCGCAAAGCGGCCAUUGCGAAGACCAUACGGGAGGUUUGCAAAGUGGUGUCGGACGUUCUGAAGGAGGUGGAGGUGCAGGAGCCCCGCUUCAUCAGCUCCCUCAGCGAGAUCGACGCGCGCUACGAGGGGAUGGAGGUCAUCUCCCCCAACGAGUUCGAGGUGGUGCUUUACCUCAACCAAAUGGGGGUGUUCAACUUCGUGGACGACGGCUCCCUGCCCGGCUGCGCGGUGCUGAAGCUGAGCGACGGCCGCAAACGGAGCAUGUCGCUGUGGGUCGAGUUCAUCACCGCCUCGGGCUACCUGUCGGCCAGGAAGAUCCGCUCCAGGUUCCAGACUCUGGUGGCGCAGGCCGUGGAUAAGUGCAGCUACCGCGACGUGGUGAAGAUGGUGGCGGACACCAGCGAGGUCAGACUGAGGAUCAGGGAGAGGUACGUGGUGCAGAUCACGCCCGCGUUCAAGUGCACUGGGAUUUGGCCCAGGAGCGCGGCCCAGUGGCCCAUGCCCCACAUCCCCUGGCCGGGUCCCAACCGGGUGGCGGAAGUCAAGGCCGAGGGCUUCAACCUGCUCUCCAAAGAGUGCUACUCGUUGACGGGGAAGCAGAGCUCCGCGGAGAGCGACGCCUGGGUGCUGCAGUUCAGCGAGGCCGAGAACCGGCUGCUGAUGGCCGGCUGCAGGAAGAAGUGCCUGUCCGUCCUGAAGACUCUGCGGGACCGCCACCUGGAGCUCCCGGGACAGCCGCUGCACAACUACCACAUGAAGACCCUGCUGCUGUACGAGUGCGAGAAGCACCCGAGGGAGACCGACUGGGACGAGUCUUGCCUCGGAGACCGACUGAACGGCAUCCUGCUGCAGCUCAUUUCCUGUCUGCAGUGCCGCAGAUGUCCCCACUACUUCUUGCCAAACUUGGACUUGUUUCAGGGGAAGCCGCACUCGGCCCUGGAGGCUGCAGCGAAGCAGACGUGGAGACUAGCGAGGGAAAUCCUCACCAAUGCGAAGAGUUUGGACAAACUAUAAAGCGAUUGUCGAGAAAGGAGCCGAAGAGACAUUUUUUUGGAGGGGGUGUGGGGGGGGGGG